AUGCUGUCCCCAUUUCUGAGCUUUGAUGGCCCAGUCGCCGACCAGCUCUAUGUCAUUGGCGGCAGGGACAACAAUCAGGAGCCGUUGGAUGUGGUUGAGAUGUUUGAUGCCUGGAACGGAAGGUGGGUGCAAUGUCCACACAUGCUGGCCCGAAGGGCUGGCUGUGCUGCGGCAGCUUUGCCAAAUGGCCGGCUGAUUGUUUGUGGAGGCUAUGAUGAGCAGGGCAUUGUCCGCGGGGUGCUGGACAGCUGUGAGGUCUUCGACCCGGUCGGGCAGGUUUGGGCAAAGGCAGGCGCAGAUCUCCUGCGAGCACGCUGGGGUCAUGGCUGCUCAGUCCUGGGAUCGCUGGUGUAUGCCGUGGGCGGCUGUGCGCUGCUGGCGGGUUCCCUUGUGGGAGAGGAGCUGAUGGAGACGCUGCGCAGCUGCGAGACCUACGACGUUACGACCAACGAAUGGCGGCCGGCCCCGACGCUGAAUGUGGCUCGCGCUGGGGCAAGGGUGGUUGCCAUAGCGGGCGGAAAGCUGGCAGCAGUGGGUGGCUGUGACGACGUGUUUGGGCGGGCAGAGAUGCUGGCGAGCGUGGAGAUCUUGACUCAAGAGUGUGGUGGCUGGGUGCUGCUGGAUACACAGCUAGGUGUUCCCAGGACCACCGCGGCCGCUGUGGCACUGGAUGCUGAGCGCAUUUUGGUGAUGGGCGGUGCGCCGUCAUUGUCAUCUGCAGAGGUCUACCACGUACAGCGGAAGGCUGAGGAGCCCGAGCAGGGCGAUGGAUGCCAAGCAGGGCUUGAAGCUCUUCAGAUCCAGGAUAUGGCAGAGGGCCGGAUGGGUUGCCAGGCAGUUACCAUGCGUCUUCCGGCGCCUGGGAGGAAUUUCCCGACCUGCACGCGGCAAUGUGUUGUAGUGGUUGGUGGCGAGAACGGGGAUGAGGACAGGCUUGGCUCUGCACGUUUGGGCCAUUUGGGCCAAGGCAUUUCCACAGUUACCGACGCCACGAACGGCUAUGGCACUUUGCGUAGCUCCAGGGUUAGCACGUGCGACAGCGACAUGUGCGACAUGUGCGACAUGCGCGGGCUUUGGCUCAGCCGGCGCCAUGCUCGCGCCCUUCGUAACCACACCUGCGACGCCUCCGCUUGGGGCGGCUUUGCGGGCAGCCCCGCAGGUGCACUUAGCACAGUUGUGCCUGGUGCAAUUGUGGCAGCGGUGAAGUUUUGCAGAGGAACAGCCAGGGACCGGCCGCGACAAGUUCUGCGCGCGGAGGCGACUGUGGUCUCGCCCUUUGGCGCUUCGCAGGAGGCCAAGCCGAAGGAGCCAGAGGUGAAAGACACAGAGGAGAUUGAGAAUGAGAAGCCAAAGCUGCCGCUCUCCUGGGACAACGUGCAGGAGGCCGACUGCGGGUGGGCUGAGCGGCACGUCAAACAUGUGCUGCUCAAAUGCAGUCCACAUCCGCAGCGAAUCGGAGUUCGAUGCGAGGUGCUUGACGAGUUGCGGCCGUACCUGAAAAGCGAUGGGGGCGACUGCAAGAUUUCGAGCAUCGAUGGCGGAGUGGUGAGCUUGGAGCUCAUUGGGGCGUGUAGCAGCUGCUCGGCGUCCUCUGUGACCAUGAAGAUGGGCAUUGAGAAGACGCUGAAAGAGCGCAUUCCGGAGAUUUCAGAAGUAGUGGCAGUGACUCCUGAUCAAGAGCCCCUCAGCGAAGAGGGCAUCGAGGAGGUCCUGAAUGGUAUCCGACCUUUCUUGAGCGUCAGCGGCGGGUCCAUCGAGAUUUUCGAGCUGAACGAUAAAGACAGCGAAGAUCAAAAGGUGGUGCUGAAGAUGGUCGGGCCCCCGCUGAAGAGCAUGGCUGUGAGGGUUGAGGUCCAGAACCGCAUCAAGCGAAAGUACCCGGCAGUACAGGAUGUUAGCAUAGUGGGCGAAGAUGGGAAACCUCCAUCUUCCGCGUGA